UGAAUGUCGCGGUGACAUUCAUUUGUUAUGUUGAAUUAAAGAUAGAGACAGCUAGCUAACUGACUAGCGUACAGCAAUUAUUUCGCAACUGCUAAAGGAGAAGUCUUGAGUAAAUUAAGAUUUCUCCAUAAAAUCCCACCAUGCCAAUCAUACUGUUGAGUAAGAGCUACCUCCUGUGCUGCCUGUUAGCCUUGGCCCUGCCCUGCAACACUUGGCAGAAGGAGCAGAGUAAGCUGCUGCUGGUGUCCUUUGAUGGGUUCCGUUGGGACUACGUGAAUCGGGUCCCCACGCCCAAUUUCCGCGCCCUGAUCGAGGAGGGGGUGCAGGUGGAGCGAGUGGAAAACACCUACAUCACCAAAACUUUCCCCAACCAUUACACUAUGGUGACCGGCCUGCACGCGGAAAGCCACGGCAUCGUAGCCAACGAGAUGUUUGACCCCGUCCUCAAUCGCAGCUUCUCGAUGGACGGGCCGGAGGUGUAUGACUCCCGGUGGUGGGAGGAGGCGGUGCCACUCUGGGUGACCAAUCAGAAGGCUGGACGGAGAAGCGGCGCUGCCAUGUGGCCUGGCUCGGAUGUGGCGAUCGAUGGAUCGUACCCAUCCCGUUACAUGCUGUACAACGCGUCCGUGCCCUUCGAGAGCCGGGUGAAGAGGCUGAUUGACUGGUUUUCGGGGCCUGAACCAAUCAACUUCGGAGUCCUCUACUGGGAGGAGCCAGAUGAGAGCGGUCAUAACCUGGGUCCAGAGAGCCCCCUGAUGGACGUGGUCAUAGCUGAUAUCGACGAUAAGCUGGGCUUUCUGCGGGAGGAGCUGAAGAGAGCCGGCCUGUACGAGCAAAUUAAUCUCAUCAUCACCAGUGAUCACGGCAUGACCCAGCUGUCGCCCGAUAAAGUCAUCGAACUGGACAACUACGUCAGACGGGAGUGGUACACCUGGAUAGAUAAGAGCCCAGUGGUUGGGAUUCUACCCAGAGAUGGUUACUUUGAGGAGGUCUACAGUGCCCUGGUGAACGCAAAUCCUAACAUGGUUGUAUAUAAACGAGAGGACAUCCCCAAUCAGCUGCACUACAAACACAACGUCAGGAUUAUGCCAGUAAUCAUAGAAGUGAAAGAGGGAUGGACCGUCGUCCAGAAUAGAUCCGAUACCCACACAUUUAUGCUGGGAAACCACGGCUAUGACAAUCGCCUACGAAGCAUGCACCCCGUGUUCGUCGCCCGCGGGCCGCUCUUUCGCAACGGCUACACCAAAGCCUCCAUGCGUUCCGUCGACCUUUACCCUCUCAUGUGCUCCGUGCUUGGCGUUCACCCCCUGCCCAACAACGGCUCGCUGGCCAGCGUACUGGACCUGCUGGUGCCGACCUCGUCUCCACGACCGCCGCUCCCCCCUCGGCCCGCCGAGCCCUCUUACGCCUGGGCCGUGGGUUCCCUCCUGGGCGCCGCCCUGGUGGUUGGUUUCCUCUUUUCGUUUGUCAAGCAAGUGACACAGAGGCAGCUUCCUCCGCUGCCCCUGGCUAACAAAGAGAUGUCCCAGCCUCUUCUCCAGCUGCGCCUUUAAUCAAGGGCUGCAGCCUCUUUUCUCACCAUCCUUUAUUUAAUCUUAUUGGCUGUGACGCGCACUGUCUAGCCCCGGGGAAGAACCGUCCUCUCUGGCAGCGUAGACAAGGCUCCUGUGUCAACCCCACUCAGACACACCUGAUUCAACCAGUCGACCCAGUUAAGAGUGACUGGGCUGUGGGUUAGGGGUGCGUAGAAAUGGGGUUGGAGCAGGAGGUGGGAGGAGGUGUUCUUCCCCUGGACUAGUAACUUCCCUUCUGAUGGAAAACUCUGGAAGCAUGUAGCACUGUACCUCUCUGGUGCUUUAAAUUCUGUUCUGUCACUAUUUUAGAGUUGUCUGAUGGCAGACUUCAGCCCCUCCAUGUAUUUUAAGGUAUGAUGUAAAACGGAAACUCUUAGGCUUGAACACAAACAAGCCAAGCUGCAGAGAAAAUGACUGAAAAAAAGCACCUUUGGAGUGUUGAGUGGACUUUUAUGCUUUGGUUGUUGGGUUAAUCUUAAGAAAUUGCUUUUAAAUUGGAACACAAAGCCAGCAAAAAUAGUUUUGUCUGCUCGCUUGGCUGUUUGAAUUCAGGCCUUAAAAAAGUGUCAUUUUCGUUCUAACAAAAAGAGAAGAAAAGAAAGGAUGGCUAUUAAUUCGGCUGUCUUCGCCACCGAAUCAAAACCAAAAAAACGGGAAGACUGUAGCAAAGUGGGUCCCGUGUUCUGAGUCAGUAUAACCGGACCGCACUGACGUUUUAACAUCAGUUCCAAUUAAAGUCAACAAAAAAAGGCCUCCUCUCUGACUCACGCUCAGCUUCAUGGUUUUGCACGAGAUUGAAAAGCUCCCGAUCGCGUGAGUUUAAGCAGCGUGAGACCACGAUGCCGGUCCAACUCCAGCCGCCCAAUUCAGACUGAGCACCAAAUGAGGAGAGAUUACGCUUCUUAAGUUUCUUUGUACAUAAUACCGGUAGUUGUUGUUUCCUUGGCCUUGGGCCUUAUAUUUGCAUUCUUCAGAAGUUAAAUGUGUGAUGGUUUUAUGAAUGAUUUCUCCAGGGGCAUUACAAACACUCCCUUCCUGCAUUAAGUUGCUCUUUUUAGCGAAGCGUAAUUUUUUAUAUAAGGAGGUGUAAUUGUU